UUCCUGCUGCCCGCCCUGGACCUCGCCCGGCGGUGGCUGAAGCGCUGGGGCCCGCAGGGCGGCGGGGGCCCCGGCGGCCCGCUGGCGCUGGUCGUGGCGCCCACGCGCGAGCUGGCGGCGCAGAUCCACCGGGAGGCCGGGCGCUUCGCCGAGGCCGUGGGCUGCAGGGCCGGGUGUGUGCACGGCGGUGCCGCCUGGGAGCCCCAGGCCGCGGUCCUGGAGGCUGGGGUGGAGGUGCUCGUCGCGACGCCUGGCCGCCUCUGCUUCCUAAUGGGCCGCGGCGGCGAGGCGGCGGCGGCGCUGGUCCGCUCGCUGGCCGCCUGCGGCGCGCGGAAGCAGCUCGCCGAGGCACGCGAGGCCUUCGAGGGCUUCCUGCGCGGCGGCGGCUCGCCGACGCGGCGGGUCUACUCCGCGCUGAUGAACGCGCACGUGACGUGCGGCGACCUCCCCGGGGCCUCGCAGAUCGCGCUGCGGAUGAGGGACUCGGGCCUUGCGCUAGGCGUCGUCGAGUUUACCACCCUCCUCAAGGGUGAGCUGGCCAGUGGGGACCUGGACGCCGCCAAGCGCGUGCUCGGGGAGAUGCUCGCGGAGAGGCCACCUGUGCUCCCGGACCUGCGCACCGCGAACACCUUUCUGCGCGGCUGCCUCAAGCUCGGAGACCUCCCUGAGGCGGACGCCCUCUUCGCGCGCCUUCCUGGCUGGGGCGUCGUCCCCGACGCGACCACCUACAAGGUCAUGAUGCAGGCGUACGGGCAGGGCCUGCGCCUGAAGGACAUGCUGCGGCUGCUGCGUGAGCUCGACGGCGAGGGUGCGGCUGCACUAACGCUUUCGACAACGCGGCGGGAUUCAACAUUUGCAUUGCCCAGGUGGCAUGUCUGCUGGGGAAGUGGAAGGCCAGCGAGAGGGCGCUCCAGCGCGCAGAGGCGCAGCUGGUACAAGGGCUCAGGUCAGAUGCCCAGUUUGACAGGCUGAGGAGACAGGAGCUCCAGCGCGAUGCCGCCGCGCUCCGUGCCGCCGCCUCUGCGCGCCGCGCGGGCGCCGCCGCGCCCGACCUGGCCGGCUGCCUGCAGCGCGCCUUCCCGUUCCCGGCGCUGCGGCGCGCGGGCGGCAGCACGAGAGCCGAGG